AUGGCAGACGAGUUUUGGGAAAAUGGCUCCCUCCUCAGCCCCUACGCCGCCCUCCCCUGGUCUCUCCUAUGGUUCAACUCCACCCUGUUCAACUCCACCCUGUUCAACUCCACCAACUCCACAGAGCCGGACCCGGGCCAGGGGCUUGCCGGGGUGCUCUUCCCCCUCAUCUACAUCAUCGUCUGCAUCAUCGGCCUGGGAGGCAACACCCUGGUCAUCCACAUCGUACUUCACUACUCCAAGACCGAGUCGGUGACUAACAUCUACAUCCUGAACCUGGCCAUCGCUGACGAGCUGUUCAUGCUGGGGCUGCCCUUCCUGGCCGUCCAGAACACCCUCCAGACCUGGCCCUUCGGCUCCUUCAUGUGCCGCCUGGUCAUGACGGUGGACUCCAUCAACCAGUUCACCUCCAUCUUCUGCCUGACGGUGAUGAGCAUCGACCGCUACCUGGCCGUGGUCCACCCCCUCCGCUCCUCCAAGUGGCGGCGCCCCCAAGUGGCCAAAAUGGUGAACGGGACGGUGUGGGCGCUGUCGUUCCUGGUGGUGCUGCCCGUGGUGGUCUUCGCCAACAUCGAGAAGGACGGCGGCAACUGCAACAUCGACUGGCCCAGGCCGCAGGAGGUGUGGCGGGCUGCCUUCAUCCUCUACACCUCCACGGUGGGCUUCAUCUGCCCACUCCUCAUCAUCUGCCUCUGCUACCUGCUCAUCGUCUUCAAGAUCCGCAGCUCGGGGAAGAAAGUCCACGCCACCUCCACCAAGCGCCGCAAGUCGGAGCGGAAGGUGACCCGCAUGGUGGUGAUCGUGGUGGCCGUGUUCGUGUUCUGCUGGCUCCCCUUCUACGCCAUGAACAUCAUCAACCUGCGUGUGUCGCUGCCCCCCGGGUACCAGGGCCUCUACUACUUCGUGGUGGUGCUGGGCUACGCCAACAGCUGCGCCAACCCCAUCGUUUAUGGUUUCAUGUCGGACAACUUCAAGAGGGGCUUCCGCAAGGCGCUCUGCCGCUCGUCCAGGAAGGUGGAGAGCCAUGAGCCAAGGGAGCGGCAGCAGCAGCAGCCGGCGGCGGCGGGGGCGGCGGGGCAGGAGGAGAGGCGGAGGGUGCUGAUGCCCAGGGAGAGCCUGAGGAGGGUGGUCCGCGACGAGGACGAGGACGACGAGGAGGACAGGGAGGACGUCACGGAGAUGACGGAGAUAUGCCGGAUCGCCCAGAACGGGAACGGGAAGGGACAGGCCGAGAGCUCCUCAAGAGUGGUGUACGGAGGGAAGGGAGAGGAUGAGGAGGGGCCUGAGCUGGGCUCCCCAGAAACGAGAGCCACGUCUGGGGAGGCUGGUGGGAAAUGCCCCUGCUCGGGGCCUGCAGCCCCCAUGCCGGCCCUUCUUACUGGGGCCAAGAACGGCAACGUCAAGCCCCUGCCGGAGGAACCGGUGGAGAAGAGCACCUCCUUGGAGAUCAGUUACCUGUAACGACAAAUCGUUUCUCUGAAUGUCGUCUGACGCGCUGCUUGAACAGAACUCUAAGUGUUCCGCUGUGUCGCAGAAGACUGACUCUCUGACACGGCACCGUAGAAAACCCAUCAAUGUUAACCGUUCCCUUUAACUUUUAAGGCAUUCCCGAUUUAUUUCUUACUGCAGCAUUAAGACAACAGACUCCAUGAAUCCAUUUGUGUUCAGAUUUGUUGGAGCAGACGUUCGUGUAGCUUUUGCGUUUGUGAUGCUUGUUGUGUAAGAUGAACACAAUAUGUAUAUAUGUAUGUGCCUAUGUAUUGACCUACUCAGUGAAUUCUGUAAUUGUACAUAACUUUUCCCAGUGUGACGAUAUGUUUCCCUCAGAAGUGAAGGUACGGGAUUGCAGACUCGUGACUUUCUGGAGUUUGGGCUGGAGUUGGGUAAAGUUGACGUAAUGUUGGCAGGCACCCAGUGAAUUGACACAUCAAGGUUGUUUCUGUUUGAACUUUGUCGGGGAGAGCGCAUUAGCCAAUAGUACAACAAAUGCAUAUAUGUACGUAGUGGUAUAGUUUUUGUAAAACACUGCCAUGAUAGGAUAAAAAAAAGAAUUAUUUCAACAUCAGAAUGUAAAUGUAUAUGUGAACGAGGAAGUUUGGUAACCUUGUCUGGGACUCAGAAACCUAAAUGUUUCAUGCUCAUGGAAGCUGUCUAACGGUAGGUACGUUUAGACGGGUGAAGCUGGUGUUUCACAGCUGGUUGGUUA